AUGCCGUCUACAUCCAAGUUUUCUCACCUACCUCUGAGCACUCGCGGUCCUAUCGAGUGCGCCGUGAGUGGAACCGUACUGCUGAACACGCCCUACUUCAAUCGCGGCUCUGCACACACUGCUGAGGAAAGAGAAGAGUUCAAUCUCACCGGCUUGCUACCUCACAGUGUUCAGACCCUCGAGCAGCAGGUGGAAAGAGCUUACCAGCAAUACUCGACGCGCCCCGACGACCUCGCCAAGAACACAUUCCUGACUUCGCUGAAGGAGCAGAAUGCCGUGCUAUACUUUAGACUUCUACAAGACCACUUGUCAGAAAUGUUCAGUGUGGUCUACACGCCGACAGAAGGCGAUGCUAUACAGAACUUCUCUCGCCUCUUCCGGAGACCCGAGGGAUGUUUCCUGAAUAUCGACAACAUAGAUAGAGUCUCUCAUGACCUGGCACAGUGGGGAAGGCCCGAUGACAUUGAUUAUAUCGUCGUGUCAGAUGGCGAAGAAAUCCUCGGCAUAGGGGAUCAGGGUGCGGGCGGUAUCCUGAUCUCAGUAGCAAAACUCGCGCUAACAACUCUAUGCGCCGGGAUCCAUCCCAACCGAACGCUUCCCGUAGUCCUAGACUGCGGCACAGACAACGAGAAGCUCCUCGGCGACGACCUCUACCUCGGACUCCGCAAGAAACGCGUCCGCGGCGAGAAAUACGACAAAUUCGUCGACGAGUUCGUGCAAUCGGCUCGGAAACUGUUCCCCAGGGCCUAUAUCCACUUUGAAGAUUUCGGGCUCAAGAACGCCCGUCGGAUUUUAGAUCACUAUCGCCCUGAGAUCCCGUGUUUCAACGACGACGUCCAGGGGACUGGGUGCGUCACGCUCGCGGCCAUCAUGGCUGGUCUGCACGUCAGCAAGCAGAAGCUCGAGGACGUGAAACUCGUAGUCUUCGGCGCGGGGACAGCGGGUGUCGGGAUCGCGGACCAAGUGCGCGACGCCAUCGCUGCCGAGAAGGGGAUCAGCAAGGACGAGGCUGCGAAGCAGAUCUGGCUAAUCGACAAACCCGGCCUCCUAACAACAACCUCUUCCCUCGACGCCGGCCAAAAGCCGUUCGCAAAAGACAUAUCCUCCUGGUCCUCCUCCCCCUCUUCUUCCCCUUCUCUCCUAGAGGUAAUCAAAGAAGUCCACCCGAACGUCCUAAUAGGCACAUCCACAGUCCCAGGGUCCUUCACAGAAGCCAUCGUAAAAGAACUAUCCAAGCACACCCCUCACCCAUUAAUCCUCCCCUUGUCCAACCCCACGCGUCUCCACGAGGCCGUGCCAAAGGACAUCCUAACCUGGACCUCCGGGCGCGCCCUGGUCGCAACAGGCAGUCCCUUCGCGCCCGUCACAGGACCCUGGGGCCCGCAGAACGCCUCCGAUAUCACCAUCGAAAUAGCAGAGUGCAAUAACAGCGUCGUCUUCCCCGGCAUAGGCCUAGGCUGCGUGCUUUCUCGCGCGCGUCUCCUCACGGACAAAAUGCUCGUCGCCGCCGUCCGCGGCGUAGCGGAUUUAUCCCCCGCCUUACGAGAUCCCACGGCGCCGUUACUCCCUGGCGUCGAGGCCGUGCGGGACGUCUCUGUGCGCGUCGCGAGAGAGGUCAUUCGGUGCGCGGUGCGGGAGGGCGUGGCCACGGUGCGGGAUAUACCCGCUGAAGAUGCGGACCUGGAGGACUGGAUCGCCGAGCAGAUGUGGGAGCCUGUGUAUCGGCCCUUGAAGCGCGUCGAGCUGGACGGCGCGAGUAGACUUGCGAAGGCGGAGUUGAAAGUCGUUGGGAGCUUGGAGGAUGUGGGGAGUAAGCUGGAGAGGCUAAAGGGAUAG